UAUUAAGCCAAAGAGGUUUGGAUGCUAUUAAUAUUUUGUUUUGUCAUGAAGGAUCUGUACAACCAGGUGAGACUUUUCAGUCUAAUCAUUUUGUGCCUCUCAUUUUCCAUGCCCACAGGUUGAAGCGAAAAUUGUCUAAUUCCUGUACACAGUCUAAUUCUAGCAGCUCAACAACAGAGAAACGAAAAUUUGCACCAAAAACAGUUGACAUUUCAAAUUCUUUUACUUCAACUAAUAGGCCUGCUGCCCAACCAACUUUUAAAAGGAUGCCCAAUGAGAGUUUUUCUUCUGCUGCAGCUCUUGCUCAGACAUUAAAUAAAGCCAAUAGUCUUUUGCUUCACACAUCAUCCCAGGAACUAUUGCCUGGUAUUCCAACUUCUGGUGAUAUGCAACCUGCUGUUUUAACCCAUAAUUUUGAUGUUUCCUUGUAUAGGGAGAAAGUUAAGGGUAUGGAUAAUUCUGAAAUAUGUCAUUUGAUAAAAAAUGUAUAUAAACCAGAUAAAAAGUAUCAUUUUCCUAAAUCUAAUGGCAGAUCAUUUAGGCAUGAUUGGCUAGACCAGCAUGAAUGGCUUUGCUAUUCACCUUCACAAAAUGGUACUCUGCAGCCUAUCGAGAUGAUCAUGGAUGCUGGUAUCAAGAAAGAAAUAGAACAGAAUAGGGAAAUACUAUCUCCAAUUAUUGAUUCUGUCAUUUUUUGUGGACGUCUAGGUUUACCUCUUCGUGGGCAUCGUGAUGAUUCCAAGUAUCACCCUACUGUUGGUUGUUAUUCAUCUGGAGGGGUUGGUAAUUUCAUUGAAACACUCAAUUAUGGAGUUAGGAGAGGGGAUAAAGUUUUAGAAAAUCAUUUAAAGAAUUGUGGUAAGAAUAGAAGUUAUAUUUCUAAAACAAGUCAAAAUAAAAUCAUUAAAUGUUGUGGCCAGGUAAUCAGUAAUCAGAUUAUUUCUGAUAUCAAAAAAAGUAAGUUUUUUUCUGUUAUUGCUGAUGAAGCAUCUGAUUCUUCACAUAAAGAACAAAUGUCUCUUGUUUUGCGCUUUGUUGAUACCGAUAUGAAUAUCAGGGAAGAAUUCAUUUCAUUUCUUUUUUGUAAGUGGGGACUAAGUGGUGCUCAACUUGCCAAGCUACUUUUAGAGGCUCUAAAGGAACUGACUUUAUCAAUAGAUGAUUGUAGGGGGCAAGGUUAUGAUGGGGCUGGUUCAGUUGCUGGUUGCACUAAUGGUCUAGCAGCUCAAAUUUUAAAGCUUAACCCAAAGGCUCUUUAUACACACUGCUAUAGUCAUAGGUUAAACUUAUCCAUUUGCGAUUCUUUGAGUAUACGUGUUGUCAAUGAUAUGUUGAAACAUGUUAACAAUGCCACUAAUUUUAUUAAAAUUUCCCAAACUCGCAAUAUUCCCUUUGAAAACAUAUACGUAAUUCAGAAACAAACUCGAAAAGACUAG